AUGGCAUCUUCUUCAGACUCAUGGAUGAAGGAAUAUAAUGAAGCAAUGAAACUUGCCGAUGAUAUCAGUGGCAUGAUUUCUGAACAUAAUUCAUUUCCUUCAUCUGGACCAGAAACACAGCGUCAUGCAUCUGCUAUAAGAAGGAAGAUAACAAUAUUGGGGACCAGACUGGAUAGCUUGCAAUCCCUUUUGUCAAGGGUCCCUGUAAAAUCUGAGAAGGAGAUGAAUCGUCGCAAGGACAACCUUGCAAAUCUGAGGUCAAAGGUUAACCAAAUGGCUUCAACAUUGAACAUGUCAAACUUUGCAAAUAGGGAUAGUUUGCUUGGGCCAGAAAUAAAACCAGAUGCAAUGAGCAGAACCGUUGGCUUGGAUAACAAUAAACUUGUUGGUCUGCAACGGCAAGUUAUGAAAGAGCAAGAUGAGGGCCUUGAGAAAUUGGAGGAAACUGUAUUAAGUACGAAACAUAUUGCGUUGGCAGUGAAUGAAGAGCUGACUCUACACACUAGACUCAUUGAUGACUUGGACGAACAUGUAGAUGUCACAGAUUCUCGGCUGAGGAGAGUGCAGAAGAACUUGGCAAUUUUAAACAAACGCACUAAGGGUGGUUGCUCAUGCUUGUGCAUGCUAUUAUCAGUGAUUGGUAUAGUGGUCUUGGUUGUUGUCAUAUGGCUGCUCGUCAAAUAUUUGUAG